AUGGUUUAUUUAGUGGUGCUAAGAAGUAAUGUUAAACGUAAAGGUUUAAAAGUGGUGAAAGACUUCAGUGAAGAUGAUGAUGUCCGUCAACAGAAGUCUGUGAAAACACCUUACAUUGAAGUGGAAUCAUUCAACCGUCUAUUGAAUUUUAAUGGAUGUACUAAAGAAUUAUAUAAUGAUAAUAAUACUGGAGAUAUUACUACUACUACCAAUAGUAAUAAUAAUAAUGGCGCGGAAGACAAAAAUAAAGAAUUGUUAACUAAAUUAAAUUUACCAAGUCUUCCAGGCGAUAAAAUACCAGAUUUUGAAUGUUUCGCUUUUGAUAUUUCUCUUAUCUAUGGUGGUAUUGAAGAAUUAUGCUGGGAAAUGCAUCGUGGUGUUAAAUGGAAUAUUGAAUAUACUGAUGUACACCGAAAUACUAAUCCACAAGAAAGAUGUCGAAAUAAUAAUUCUUAUGAUUGGAAUAGAGAAGAAGCUAAAUUAAUCAAUGAAAUUGAUGAUAUUAUUAAUGGUGUAAAGGAUACUACAUUGAAUAAUGAAUUUGGGAAAAUUGAAAAUGUUCAAUCAACUCGUCAAACACUGAUCAAAUCAUUGGAAAGCAUUGCAUUGAAUCAAGGAUAAAUGAAAGAAAGGUGUCAACCGUACAGUGAGUGAAUCAGUAGUAGUAGUCAGAAAGAGGAGAAAACAAUCAAUACCUUAUCAUCGCUAUUUUUAUACGCUUUGCUUCUUGUUUCUAUCGCCUGUUUUGCCCGCAUCAUCUUUGCCUCCUUUCCUCUUCUGCUUCUUCUUGUUUACUUUUACUCUCUGUGUGUGAAACAGUACAGUAACAUUUGUAGAAUUUUUCAUAUGUGCAUUUGUUUUGGUGUUAUCGUUUAACACUUGCUUUCAAAAGUGAUGAGUAAGUCAGGAGAAUGCGCAAACGCGUCUUGUUUAAUUGAAUUGAAGCAUUGACAAUUGUCAAUU